UAAGUUUCUACCCCUUAUUUCAGAUGAAAAUGUCAUCGGUAUAAACUUUGUUAAUAUUUUGGCUCAGCGCAGCGAUGACAUCUGCAGAUCCGAGGUCCAAAGGCAAUGGAUUGUCGAACAAUGAAAAUGAAUUCAAUGCAGAUGGCGAAGAAGAUGGAUAUACAAUAGAAUAUAACGAUAUAAUUGUAAAGAGUGAACUACUGGAAGAGGGGGAUAAUGAUCAGGAUAACUUUACCACCGAUGACUAUGCUUACAACUACUUGGAUACAGCUGCAGAAGCAGAAGAUGAUCCUAUAUUUCAGUAUGAUGAUGGUAGUGAGGGUGGACUUUAUGUUAGGGAAAUGGUUAAAGGAACACCAGAACAGAGGAAACUUAGACAAAAAGCUCGGCUGGAAAAUAUGAAUGUGCGAAGUGAAUGUCCAGUAUGCGGAGAUAGAGUUAAUGGAAUACAUUACGGAAUAUAUACUUGUGAGGGAUGCAAGAAUUUCUUCAAGAGGUCGAUGUCUAUAAAGAAACCAUAUGUUUGUAACAACCAGGGGCUCUGUGAUGUAGGAGUCUUCGUAGACUUUUCAGGGAUUAAAAGGAAAGGAACACGGUGUCAAUCCUGCAGAUUUCUAGGCUGCCUAAACUCAGGGAUGAUUCAUCAAGGACACAACAGAUCAACGGGCCGACCGCGACGAACUCAGAAAACAGAUUCUCCGAAAGCUAAGCGUUUGAGACUCCUUUUACCGGCCAGCAAUACGGGGACAAAUUAUUAUCUCCAGCCGGACAAUUCAAUGCAAAACCCCAACGACUCUCUAGGGGAGAAAUCAGAAGACAAGAGUAUCCUGGAAGCUAUGCUUGAAGCCCCGGCUCUUGAAUACAAGAAUACCAAAAAUAAUGAAUUUACAAAAAUAAAUAUUGACACACAAGCCUCGGUUGCGACAUCAAACGAAGAUUUAUCACCUGGUGUAUCGUAUGAGCAGGACCCGGAAGUGAGCAGGAUAAUGGAGGAGCAGCAUAAUGCCGCAAUCAAUCUUCUCAGGGAGCAACUAAAGUUUGAGAAGAAUAAAAAUUUAGAACUAGAGCGACAGCUGAAACAUAAAGAUGAACAGAGCAAGACAUUAGAAAUCCAGUUGAAUCUGAUGGAACGUCAUAUGGUGCUAGGUGCUUCAUUAUCAACUAAACUUAAGUCAGAGAACCAAAGGUUGAAGGGCGAGUUGAAGAGAUUGAGUUUGUUUAAGGGGUUCAUGAAAAAGGGGAGGAGGGAGUCCACGAGAACCGAGGAGCUAGAGAACGGGUUUAUUGAUCCUCUCUCCGUGCUUGAUGUAUCACACGACAACGGAUCGUCUGUCAGUAUCAAGGAGGAACCGGAGAAUUGAGGUCUCAAUCCAUUUCAUCCGGAGCCUGGGGCCGUCUAAAAAAAAUGGACCCUGAUCCUGCUCAUGAAAUUCUUGCUAAUUUCUUGAACCUAAAAAAAAAUUCCAUAAAAGUCUUCUUUUGUUUCUUUAAAUUUGUAUGCAGAAACCAUUCAAUUAAUUCAAUGAUAUAUUAUUGUUUGACACCAAAAAUGUGCGGCCUUAGAGCGAACUUUUCUUUCUUUGAUUUAUGGUCGAAGUUUUGGCUCUUGUAUUCAGAUCCGUUGAUCCUAUUUUUUUCGGAACUGGAUCCAAGGAGUGGUUUUCCCUCUAAAGGUUAACCCACUCAACUUUCAACUUCGAAUGUAUAUACCAUGCAAAGGACAUUCCCGUGGCUGAACGUAUGAGGCAAGUCAGUCAAGGGGUUUGUGAGUUAUGGUCAAGCAUACAAACAUACAAAGAUUACUACUUUAUAUAUUUAUAUUAUUUUAGUUUUGAAUGAAGGUUUCAUUUCGCCUUGUACUUCCACAAAAUUUACCUGAUCAUACCAAAGUUUUGAUAAAAUUU